AUGGCCUCUUUCCCUGAAUUCCUGAAUGGCUCAUCCCUCCAUGACCCUGAGUCAAAGGUGCCCCUGCCACGGGCAGGAUUCAUCAUGCUAUCCGUCCUCAUGGCCUUCUUCUCCAUCACAGCUGUCAUGCUCAACUCUACGGUUAUUGUCGUCACCCUCCGGCAUAAACAGCUGCGGCAGCCUCUGAAUUUUGCCCUGGUGAACCUUGCCGUGGCUGACCUAGGCAUUACUCUUACAGGAAGUCUACCAUCUGUGGUGACCAAUGCCAUGGGCUACUACAUCAUGGGACGGGUCGGAUGUGUUAUGGAGGGAUUCUGUGUUGCUUUAUUUGGUAUAACGUCAUUAUGCACAGUGGCCCUGAUUGCUGUGGAACGGCUGUUUGUAGUGUGCAAGCCUCUGGGCACCAUCAAAUUCCAGACCAAGCAUGCCGCAGGCGGUGUGGCGUUAUCUUGGCUGUGGUCCCUUAUCUGGAAUAUGCCACCUCUAUUUGGCUGGGGCAGUUACCAGCUGGAGGGGGUUGGCACAUCCUGCGGACCUGACUGGCAAAGCAGAGACCUCAAAAACAUGUCUUACAUCAUCUGUUACUUCUCUCUGUGUUUCGCUGUGCCGUUUGCCAUCAUUGUGGUCUCAUAUUCAUGGCUGCUCUAUACACUGAGACAAGUAGCUAAAGUGGGUGGAGGGGCAGCCGCAAGAGCAGAGGCUAGGGUGGGGUGGAUGGUGGUGAUGAUGGUGUUGGCUUUUCUCGUGAGCUGGCUGCCCUAUGCCACACUGGCUCUGACAAUCAUCUUCAAACCUGAUGUAGAGUUGGACGCUCUUGUGAAGGUGGUAUCUAUAUACAUGGCCAAAAGUAGCACUGUCUACAACCCCAUGAUCUAUAUUUACAUGAAUAAACAGUUCCGGAAGUAUGCAGUACCACUUCUACUGUGUGGAAAGGACCCUUGGCCUUCAGAGGAUGAUGAAACUGAGGCUCAGACUACCGUGUCCCAAAUGAUCAACAAAGUCAGCCCAGAGUGA